CGGUUCACACGUCAUCUGCUUGUCACGAGGUGGAAACAGGAAGCGGUAGAAAUGAGCGCGGUGUAUGGAGGUGUAGAAGGGGGCGGAACUCACUCCAAAGCAGUGCUGCUGUCCGCUGCAGGGGAGAUCAUCACCGAGACAGAUGGACCCUGCACCAAUCACUGGUUGGUUGGUGUUGAUAAGUGCAUCGAGGGCAUUAACGAUAUGGUCCAGAAGGCAAAGAUCAGUGCAGGACUGGAUCCUGACACACCCAUUUAUUCUCUGGGCAUGUCACUGAGUGGUGGAGAGCAGAAACAUGCCAUUCAGAAACUGAUUGAUGAGAUGAAAGAAAGAUUUCCAAAACUAAGCCAGAGUUAUUACAUAACCACAGAUGCCAUCGGUGCCAUGGCAACAGCAAGUGACCAUGGUGGUAUAGUAUUGAUAUCAGGAACUGGUUCAAACUGUAAGCUGGUGAAUCCUGAUGGCACUCAGGUGGGCUGCGGAGGAUGGGGCCACAUGAUGGGGGACGAAGGCUCAGCAUUUUGGAUCUCUCAUCUUGCUGUAAAAGCAGUAUUUGAUGCCAAAGAUAACCUGGUCACGCCUCCACAUGAUAUCACUUAUGUUAAAAAAGCCAUGGAGGACUACUUCGAGGUGUCAGAUCUGAUGGGCAUGCUCCCGCACCUGUACAGAAACUUCCAGAAAUCAUAUUUUGCUGGUUUCUGUAGAAAACUGGCUGAAGGUGCUAAUGGAGGUGAUGCUUUCUGUCGAUACGUGUUUACCCAGGCUGGUAAAGUCCUAGCACAGCACAUUGUAGCAGUGCUGCCCAACGUUCAUCAGGAGCUGUUCUUGGGUGAACUUGGCCUUCCCAUUCUGUGCGUUGGAUCUGUAUGGUUAAGCUGGGAGCUGAUGAAGGAUGGUUUCACUCAGGUCCUCUCCCAAGCGAGACAGUCCGGUUACAGCCAUUUUCAGAAGUAUAGUCUUCUCACCCUACGCCAGUCGUCUGCUGUAGGAGGUGCCAGGCUGGGAGCUCGUAAUGCGGGUGCCACCUUGCGCCUGGACUACUCAACCAGUGCCAGCGUGUUCUUCAGCCACUCGUUCACUGACCAGUGACCGACACUAAUGAGGCUGGAAAUACUACUUCCUGAUUUUUUUUAUACGUUUGACCCCAGUGCACUUUAGUACAAUCAGAAAAAUCCCUCGACUUCCACUAGACCUGCCGAAGUAACAUUUCAAGUGAGCUGUAUACCUCAUUCUGUAUCAAGUCAUUCAGUUUACAGUGGCCCUUCAACAGCAAUAUGGUCAUUAACUCGGUGAAAGGGAUUAGGUGAAGUGUACUGGGAGUGCUGGAGUUUAUUCUUCUUUAGAGUGGAAUUAGGGUCAUAAAUGCAAAAAAAAAAAAAAAAAAACUACUUUGAUCACUUCCACAUUUCUGCUUACUCUGAAUUUAAUCAUAAAUGCUGUUCUCAGAUGUAGCCUUCCUAUUGUGCACUAAUAUAAAACUUAUGUAUUAAUUUUAAUAUUUUUAUACACUAUCCAAAUGUCCUCAUAUAAAUAAAAAAACAAUGCAAGAUCAUGUAUAAGAUUCCUAAGACCUGAUUAAAAUCUCUAACCAUCAUCAU